AUGUCUCCUCCUCCUGCUGCUCCUCUAGUAGACUCUGCUGUUGCUGUUGCUACAGCAGCAGCAGCAACAACAGCAACAGCAGCAACAACAACAGCAGCAACAACACCACCAUCAGCAGCAGGAGAUGAAGGGACACCAUCAACACCAGCAACACCUCCCCUACCAGCAGCAGCAGCAACAGCAACAGCAGCAACAGCAGCAGCAGCAGCAGCAGCAGCAGAUUGGAGACAGUUGCUUCCUCUUAGGGAGACAGUAAAAAAGGGUCUCCUUUCUCAUGCUGCUGAUCAUUCAGUAUAUCUUCCUUAUGGUACCUCAGGGUUUCGUGCUGCAGCAGAGUUGCUGCCAGCAGCAGCAUACAGGUGUGGUCUAUUUGGUGGUUUAUUUUCUUUGCUGCUGUGUCUGCUGCACCGCAACAAGAAACCAUCAGCAGCAGCAGCAGCAGCAGAACCAUCACAAUCAGCAGCAGCAGCAGCAGCAGCAGCAGCAGGAGGAGGAGGAGAAGGGUGCGGUGUCUCCUCUGGGUAUAUAUUAGGGUGUAUAAUAACAGCUAGCCAUAACGCAGCAGGAGACAACGGCCUUAAGCUAACAGACACCACGGGGUGUCUCCUGUCUCCUUAUUUAGAGACACUAUUAGAGCAAUUUGUUAAUGCUCGUCUCCUACACCAGCAGCAGCAGCAGCAGCAGCAGCAGCAGCAGCAGCAGCAAGUGCAGCAGCAGCAGCAGCAGCAGCAGCAGAUGAGUAAUGAUGAGGUAGCAGAAAAGGAGACAGAUGCUUUCUUUCAACUUGCGGAGACACUCUACGACUGUCUCCAAAAGGAGACACAUAAUCAGCAGCAGCAGCAGCAGCAGCAGGAACAGCAGCAGCAGCAGCAGGAGCAGCAGCUAGAGUUGGAUGAUGUAUGGGGCUGUGUCUUGCAUGGCCGAGACCCUCGUGCUUCUUCUGCUGCACUAGAGGCAGCAUUUGCUGCUGCAUUAGAUCUAUUAUCUGCUGCUGCUAUCCCUUUAGGUGUAUGUACAACUGGGCAGCUGCAGCUGCUAGUGUGUCUCCUUAAUGCAGCAAUUGCAGCAAAAGAGCCGCUGCUGCAGCAGCAGCAGCAUCAGCAGCUACUAGAUGCAAUGCAGCCUCUAUUUGGAUCUAAAAUGAUGCACCUACAGCAGCAGCAGCAGCACCAGCAACAGCAGCAGCAGCAGCAGCAGCAGCACGAGUACAGGCAGCAGCUAGGGAAGGAAUUAGGGCAGCAGCUGCCUCGUUAUUACUUUUGUUACUUCGAGGGACACCUCAAAACCCUCACAGAUAUGUUAAGGGCUAGUAACCUAUUAGAAGGGCAUGGCUCUGCGCCUAUAUUUCUUGACUGUGCGAAUGGAGCAGCAGCAGCAGUUGUUGUUGCUGGUGUUGGUGUAGGACAGUUGUAG